AUGGCCGACGAAGAAAUCCAGUCUCGAUUCGCUCCCAACGGGACGCUGGAGCCAGAUGUUGCCAGCGAGCUCCAGUCCAUGGGCCGGCUACACGACAUCUCAGCCGAGGACCUCUAUUUCAAAUGGGAGUCGUACUGCAUCAAGAUGGACGUGGACGCGCAGGCCGUGACGUUGUCGAAUGUGCGCGGCCUGAAGCAGAGCAUCCAGGACGAGCUGGAGAAGUCGCAGCGCCGGCUGCAGGUCAAGAGCGAGAGGAAGAUGGCGCCGACACCGAGGCCCAAGGCGGGCAAGGGAGAUGUGUUUGGCAUGUUGGAUGGCCUGGUGCCGAGCACGCCUGCGUCGGGGAAGCACAAGGCGCCUGGCAGUGGGUUGAGGAAGAGGAUGGAGAUGCAGAGGGACAUUCCGAGCUCGCCAGCAGCAGGACUCAACGAGCAGCUCAAGUCGAUGAAUCUCCCGUCGGCGACCUUUGCAGAACGACAGAACGCGGGAGAGGUGGUGGAAAUCCUCAACGACGAGCUCCCGCCGGCCGAAGCGCCCAUUGCGCCCUUCCCCGAACCGAGAAUCAAGCUUACGGCCGCCUCUGAUCAGAAGAAGACGGGCUACAAGCCGCUGGCGAUGAAGCUAUCCGAGGCUAGCGAGAUCCUCGACGACCGAAUCGACGACUUUCUUGACCUUGUCCGCGAGCACCAUGGUCUGGAGGACUCUGCUUUUGGCAACGCUGCAACUGCUAGCACAACCGAAGUCGUGGCUGUAGGCCGUAUUGCGUCGGAUUCUCUGGAGGGAAAGAUCAAUGCUGCCUCAAUAGUGCUGGAGACGUCAAGGCGGAUGGGGAGGGGCCUGAGAGUGCCGCUCAAGCUGGACGGUGUCCAGAGCUGGAGCUUAUUUCCGGGCCAGAUUGUUGCGCUCAGGGGCAGCAACAUCACGGGGGAUGAGUUUAUCGUCAAGGAGAUUCUAGACAUGCCGCUUCUGCCGAGCGCUGCGUCCAGCCCUGCGGCUCUUGAGGCUCAUCGGGAGAAGCUCAGGGGUGACCCAGAUGCCAUGGACUCGGACUCGGAACCUGCGCCGCUGAGCAUCAUCUAUGCGGCUGGGCCGUACACGGCUGAUGAUAACCUCGACUAUGAGCCGCUGCAGGCGCUCUGCAAUCAGGCAGCUGAUACAUAUGCCGAUGCCCUCAUUCUUACGGGACCGUUCCUGGAUAUCGACCAUCCUCUUAUUGCCACGGGGGAUUUUGAUCUUCCCGAAGAAGCCACAUAUGAUCCUGACACUGCCAACAUGAACACCGUCUUCAAAUAUCUUGUUGCUCCCGCACUAAACCGCCUCGCUUCCGCAAACCCUCAUCUCACAGUCAUUCUCGUCCCUUCCGUGCGCGAUGUCCUCGACAAACAUGUCUCCUGGCCUCAGGAUACCAUUCCCCGACGAGAGCUCGGCCUGCCCAAGUCGGUGCGCAUCGUCUCCAACCCCAUGACCCUGUCCAUGAAUGAGGUGGUUCUCGGCCUGUCCAGCCAAGAUGUGCUGUACGAGCUACGCAGCGAGGAGGUCUCCAAGGGGGCACCCCCCGGAGAGCUCAUGCGACGGCUGUGUCGUCACUUGGUUGAGCAGCGGCACUACUUCCCCGUGUUUCCGCCGACGGACAGGGCAAGGCUGCCGAAGACGGGGACGGAUGAUGGGCUUGCGACGGGUGCUAUGCUUGAUGUGAGCUAUCUCAAGCUGGGCGAGAUUGUCAACGUUCGGCCUGAUGUGUUGCUGAUUCCCAGCUUCUUGCCUCCUUUUGCAAAGGUUGUUGAAAGUGUUUUGGCAAUCAACCCAGGCUCUUUGUCGAAGAGACGUGGAGCAGGAACAUAUGCGCGCAUGACCUUGUAUCCCCCAACUUCAGACGGAGAAGUAAUAAAUGGCCUGAUAACUCACAAGGUAUUCGAUAGAGCACGGGUGGAGAUUGUGAGGAUAUAG